AUGGCGUCGUCCGACAUGGACGUGAGCUUGGAUUUCUCUUGGGAGGCCCUGGUGCUCGAGCUCGGCGACGCAGAUAGCAUGCACCUGCCGGCCGAGGACUCUCUCUCCGGCCUCUACGACGACUCGACGAGCUCGCCGGACGGCGCCACCUCGCGGUCGACCAAGGCAAGCAGCUUGGAGAGGAAGAACAUAAUCAACGAGAGGCACCGGCGCAGGAUGCUCAACGAGAAGCUCUACGCCCUUCGCCGUGUCGUUCCAAACAUCACCAAGAUGGACAAGGCGUCCAUCAUCCAGGACGCCAUCGCCUACAUCGAGGAGCUGCAGGAGCAGGAGCGCCAGAUCCUGGCCGCCCUCAGAACCGACAGCUGCACCGCCGUGGUCAAGGCGGACGACGCCGCCUCGACCGGCAGCAACGCGGAGGACCAUGGCGUCGGCUCCUCGCCGCGGAAGAAGAUGAGGAGGACCACCUCUGCCUCCUCCAUUAACGGCGCCUUCUCUUCUCCUAACCCGCAUCCGGUUCAAAUCCUCGAGCUGGAGGUGACGCAGGUAGCAGAGGAGUUGACAAUGGUGAGCAUGAGACAUGGAAAUGCCCACGAAGCCACUGCGAAGGUGUGUGAGGCACUCGAUUCGCUCUGUCUCAAGGUCAUCUCAACAAGCAUCACUGCCGUGGCCAGUGGCAUCGUCCACAACAUGUUCGUUGAGACGGAAGGAAUGCAUGGUGCUCAAACAAUCAAGGAGAUGAUACAAACUCACUCAGCCAUCUCGAUGUGA